AUGGAACGUUACAAUAAAUCAUUUUAUUCUCUGGGCGAAGACUUUCGACCAGAUCCAACUGAAGAAGAGGGAGAUUCUCCAAUCACCUCGGAGUCUGAGUUUGAUGCACAUGGAUUAGUUUCUGGCUCAACGACCGAAACUCUUCCACGGAAACGACGACGUAACUUAACAGGGGCUCACCGAAAACAUUUCAGACACCUCAGAGAGCAGGGAAUGGAGCCGACUGAUGCCUUUAAAAUAUGCUAUGAGCGAAUGAUGAGAUCUCAGGAACCGGAAGAUAAUCGUAAUACUGCAAAACGAGUUCGAUCUAAUAAUGAAUCAUACCAACAACACGUGAAAUCAGAGAUUGACGAAAGUUCUACUGCAGGCACGGUUCAUACGCGCCACUAUGACCCAUACGCUGAGAUGUUGCCUAGCACAUCCACAGGAGGCACCAAUAGACGUUUUAAAGAACCCCCUAAUGAUAUUCGCGUACAGAUUCGCAACAUCGAACCCAUGACGAAUGACCAGUUGAGGCUAGUUAAACGCGCUAUCCUUAGGUCGGUCAUUGAAGCCCCAGACAAUGAAGUAUUUCCAAAAUUAGAAGGUUGUAUUUUUAAACCAGGAUGGUUACUAAUCAUUCUUGAAGACGAGUACAGUCGUGAUUGGCUUUGGCGGAAACUGAGAAAUAUCAAGCCUUGGCCUGAGGCUGAACUCUCACUCGUAUGUGAAAAUGAACAGCCAAAGACUAGGGUAGGUAUUCUCGAAAUCCCCAGAUCUGAAGCUGAUUCUACAAAAGACGCCCUACGUCUCUUGGAGAAACAAAACCUCCUGAGAACAUACAUGUGGGAGGUGCUCAAUGUUAAGACUGAAAGAGAUGUUAUCACAGCCACCCUUUCAGUAGACGAUGAGUCUAUAGAGACCUUGCGCAUGCUCGACUUCAGACCGCGUCUUGGAUUUAUGAGGGUUCUCAUCCACAUCAGAGGGGAGACUAUCCCAACGGAUGCAGAUGAGGAACGUCCACACUACUCUGGCCACAAUGAAAACCAUGAUGAACACGAAAUCAUAAAUUUGACAGAAAAUGAUAUUAUUAAUUUAGAUGAUGAACAAACUGAUGAUAUAGAAUUAAUUGAGACACCCAAUAAUGGUUACAAAUACCGUUUUGAUGAGAUCCACAAAGAAGAUCCAGAGUUUGGUGACUUCAUUGAAAAAUGUUUAGAUGACGAUGAUGAGGUUCCUAUUAAUACUGCAGUUACUAAUUCUAACAUUGUGACAGUCCCUGAAAAGGAGAAUGCCAGUGGUAAUGUUAACACCAAUAAUAAAGAAACAGAUAUAACUACAGAAGAACAGUAUAUUGAAAUAGAUCUCUCAACUUCAAUAUGUGAUUCAGAACAUCUUACCAAUAAGGUUGUACAAAAUAACCAUAAUAAUCUGGAAGAUGUAAGCAGUAGUACUGAAGUUGUACCACAAAUUGAUCUUGUAGACUCCGAAACAGUUGCUAACAAUUGUCAGGAAGAUGAAAUUAGUGUCAGUACUAUAAGUAGUAGCACAACACAUUUGCAAGAUAACAUUGAUGGUUCAGAUAAUCUAUUUGUAAGAAGGCCAAAUGUACAAGAUAUUUACUACGAGACUGAAAUAGCUAUGAUUGAAAGAACUAUUGCAACAUACAAGAAAAAGGUAGAUGCAUACAGUGUGCAAGAGGUAACAGAGGACAAUGAUAAAUCACCAUAUCUUCAGUGCGAAUUGUAUUCAAGCGUGCAGCAGCGUGUAGCAGCAUUUAAUGAAACGACAGGAGAUAAUGUUGUAGAAAUGGAACAAUAUACUAAUUCCAUUAAUCAAGAAAACGACGGAACAAACUUGGUAGGGCUUAAUUACAAUGAUACCAGUAAUAUUGCUGAUGACAACCAAAUUAAAAUUGUAGAUGUUCAUUCCUGUAAAGGAAUUGUGAAUGAAAAGUCAUUGGUUACAGAUGUAACCAAUAAUAGCAGUGGCACUAUUGAUGCAUCAAGCAUAAUCAAUGAACCUGCACUGCAGAAUAAAUCAGACAAUCCUAUAGAAAAUAGUCCUAAGUUGCCCACAGGUACAAAUGAUAAUAGCAGAUCUACAACAGACACCGUAAACAACUCGGAUGGACACAGUGAAAUCUUAUCAUUAUUUGGUUGUGGAUCAACCAGUAAAAUUCAAGUUCUAAGCAUAGAAACUUGCGACGACGGUGACACGUUUAAUGAUAUCAGAAAUAAUACAGAAAAUCCUUCCAACAAAGAUAACAAUAAAGAAAUAGAUACGUCACAGCGUCAACAAAAUACACCAGAAGACAAUAGCUUAAACAAUCAAUGCGUUAAAAUUUCGAAUAACAUCAAGGCAGAAUUAAAUUAUGAUUCAAGAAAUUCUGAAAAUAUAAUAGAAAACACAGAUGCAUCUCAUAAAGAAAAUGAUAAACAACAGGAGGGAAGAGAAAUUCUUACUGAAACACAUUCAUCACAUACUGAAAUAGAAUCACAAAAUAAUGACAAUAGCUUGACAUCAGAGGGAUCUUUAGAAUGCGUAAAAAAUAAAAUUACAGAGAAUAACAACUACUAUGAAGCUAAUAAAAAUGUCACAAGCGUUAAUAAUACAGCUGUUUUGGACGGCCAAGAAACAGAUAUUGCAAAUACGCAGAAAUCACAGUGCCAUUCAAAUAAAGAUGAGAAAUGUGGUAGUUCCACGGUAGAUGAUACAGAUAAGAAUCUUGAUACCAACAUAAAGAUCACAGAAAAUAUGGUCAUUGUCAAAUCUGAACAAACUAUAUCAGAAUUAGACCAGUUAGGUGAUGAUUUCACAGUGACAAUUUUAGGUGUGAUUGAUCCGUUCCUUGUUAUAGAAAUUUCUUCAGACAGCGAUUCUGAAGAUGAUGAUUUAAGGUGA